AUGAAUACAUUCCGAAUAGGAAUAGCAAAGGUAAGAUGAUAUCAUCUGAUUCGUCGGCGACACACCCACAUCGCUAUUGUAAGAGCAUGGGCUUACACGGCUAUCGUGUAAAUCGUCGAGAAUUGGCCCCCGAUGCAAUGCGACCUCUCCACGCUCACGUUUCUCGUGCGCAGAAUAACUGUCGGCUAGGUCCUGAUUCGAUUUGUUCUUUACUUUCUUUCUCUUCUUUCUCGUAACUUCUGACGUGGGUUUGCGCCCGUCCACCUAACUUCCCGGCCCUCGCCUCAGCCUCCACAGCGAGCGUAAGGAUUAUAUCAGAGCUAGAUCGCCAUACCGAACAUGUGCGAUCGAUUUAUCCUGGGCUUAUACUGCCGUUAAAUUGUGGACAUUCCAGACGACCAUCACAUUUCUCUCGCAAGACCGCCUUACGACCUUCUCCAUGUUGUUUAGGCAUACAUAAUGUUUAAGAAUACCAUUUGUGCCUUUCUGGCACCGGCUCUGGUAGUAGCCGUACAUGGAUCCAAUUAUCCAGCCUCUGCGACGAUCCCAGUAAACAAACAUCCUGCUCGGCUUCCACCGACGCCAGCACCGCUUCUGCCAAACCACGCCCUCUUCAACCGCGCAGACCCCGCAAACAUACGAGGCUUCAUAUCUGGCAAUCCCCGUAAGCUCUCAAUCCUCAUGAACCAGAACUACCUGACAUGCACCUCAAACGAAAUCUGCGCAACUAACACCUUCCUCGGCGCACAAGGCUGUUGCGACCCAUCAAGCCUCGCAGAAUGCAUACUACCAACGUCAUGCGUCCCCAGCACCGCACUGAACAGCUGCAUCAGCUCAGCAACUGAUUGCAUAGAAAACGAACUCGUCACAAAAUGCACAAACUCCGACAAACCAAACUGCUACGAACUCCACGUCUCCUACGACACCACGACCAUAAUGACCGAGCACGGCUGCGCCGAGAUGCCGUACACCAUCACCGCCGUCCGGUACCUCCCCAACAGCGCCGCCGCGUCCUCCACCCCCGCAGCAUCAUCCAGUUCCACAGAGCCGCACGUCUCCUUCGAGACGGUAGCUGCGCCCGCCUCGUCAUCGCCGUCCACACGGCCUGCAGGCGGCAAGAAGAAAGCGCCCGUUGGCGCGAUUGUCGGCGGCGUUGUUGGCGGGUUGGUCGUCGUAGGUGUCGUUGCGUUCGUCAUUGUGUUUAUCAUGCGGAAGGAUCGGAAGAAAAAGAUGCACGAUGGCGCUUCUGCGACGACAGGUACGGGGGCAUCGGAGGCGCAGUAUCAGAAUAGUCCCGCGCCGGGAAUGGUCGAGUACGUCCCGCAAUAUCACCAGGAGCAGGCUGCGGGUAGAGGGUACGACGACACGACGGGUGGGUUGAAGGCGUGGCAUGGUGGACACACUUCCACGACCGGGACACGAGGUAUGGCUGACGAUGACGCGGGUGCGAUGUUCACGGGUACGGGUGCUGGUGUUGGGAAUUAUCCCAUGGUCGUUGAAGCGGAUGGGAGGGCUGUUCACCAGGCGCCGUAGCCGUAGUGUACACAUCUGUAACCAGUCAUGAUUUUACGAAUUUCUAUUCAAGUCAAGUCAAACAAGGACGUCACUUCCAUACCGGCGAGCACGUGGAAGUGUUUGAAGUGAAUUGCGACA